AUGUACGUAUAUUUGCCUCUAAUAAGCCUCACUGAAGAAAUCAUGAUGCGUGGGCUCGAGGGCUCCCCGCCCGAAUUAACCAUUGAGGAUAUGGCAACAUUUCGACGCUGCCGUAAAGAGUCCUUCUGGCGCCGUUGCGUCCCUAUGAUCAUGGGCGCUUCCCUUGCAGUCAGUUUUGCGCAAUCUCGAGGUUUUUUUAACAACCGUCCCCGCCUUGUCAUGCCCAGCUACCUCAUAGCGGGUGUGAUUGGCUACGUGGGUGGAAAGAUAAGUUACAUUGAUCGCUGCAAACGCAUGUUCCUCGAGUUGCAGGACAGCCGUGUAAAGGACUUCCUCCUCGGCCAUCAGCCCUCCCUCCCCCUGCCUCGGAGACCUGACUUCUCAAUCGAACACGACUGGCCGAGGUCAGAGGGAGAUCCACUUGUCGUGCGGACACCCACUACUUACGCUGAGAGGCGGGAAUAUUACCGUCAACAGGAGCAGCGGCGGCGGGCUGAAGGGUUACGUGAUUCGUCAACUCCGUCGGCUCCUCCUGAUGACCAGAAGAAAGUCCAAGAAUCUUCGCAACAACAGGUUUCAUCGAAAUCCUCGUCUUCGGAGUACUUUGAUACGGAGCGCCCUUUGAGCUCAUUCCUCUCGGAUGAUGAGUAUAGGCCGAGGGAUUAG